UUGGGCCCACCACAUUGGUGACGGCUCUCUCUUCUUCCUUCCCCACCACCGCAACCAGACAACCUCGUUCUUCACAUAAACAUAAACAUUAAAAAAUUAACAAAACAGAAAACACGUGUCUUCAACCACACACAAACCAAUAACUCAUUUCUCUCUCCUCUCUCCUCUCUCUUCUCUCCACCGUCAACGCAACCCCAACCGGAAAAUGGACCUUGGGGCCUCCGAUCCGAACCCGGUUCGGGUGAAGCGGAAAACCCUAGAAGCCGUCCUCGAACAGUGUCAGAGAGCGCUUGAACUUCUCAAUGCUUCCGAUGAACAACAACAACAACAACAACAAGACGACGACGACGACUCUCAGGAAUCGCCUCCUUCCACGCGCCCCGAUCCGGAAACGGAUCAGUUGUGUGACUUGCUCAAGUCUAGAGUUGAAUGCCCGGACUUCCUUGAGAAGUUGGAGUAUGCACAGGCGUCAGUUUUGCACAACUCAGCUGAAGAAGGUAAUUCUUGGGAUUUUGUUAGCAAAAAUGAUCUUUGGGAAGGUGAAGAUGCUGACUUAGACCAAGAAGAUUACGUCCUUGUUAGACAAGAAGAUAUAGUGGAAGGAAUUGCAUGUUUCAUGGCUGCGUAUUUGUUGUCACUGAAGCAAACCAAGGAUUUGACGCCAAAUCAACUCCAGGAUGCUCUCAGCAAGACAUUUUCUGUGAAAAAGAAAAAGGGAAAGCUUCGAAAGGCAUGGGAUGGGAGCAAAGUUAUUUAUAAUGUUGCAUCAUGGGGAGCUACAGCCAUUGGGAUAUAUCAGAAUCCUGUUAUUGUAAGCGUUGCAAGUAAAGCAUUCUGGACUUCUUGUCAAGUUAUAUCGAAGCUACUCUGAUUUGCCAAUGCAGCUUGAAGUAAAAUUGGGAUGUAGAAGUUUGACUGUUGUGUAUUUUUUGCUUGUGCUGCAAUUUAGUUUGGUUUUUCACACCCUUUGCACCAAAGAUCAAUUGAUCAUGUAGUUUGCAAUGUAGUUUGAUCAUGUAAAUAUCUUUAUUCAAACGUUCCGAGUGCUAUUCAAAUUCUUAUUCACAA